GUUAUAUGGACUUAUUUAUAUGGUAUUACUGCUAAUUCUGAGGUACAAUAGAGAGUUUGAGUCUGGGUUUAAAACAUUUAAAUUUGUAAUCUUGUUAGGGCAAAUCCCUGCUGAUUUUUUGAACAGUUUUUACUUAGUUGUUUAACUGUUUCCUAAACUCUUUGUAUUCAAUCUUUAAGGCACGAAACUCUUUCUCCAACGAGGUGGUGGCCAUCAAAAAGAUGUCCUACAAUGGCGACCAGACUACCGAAAAGUGGCAGGACAUCAUCAAGGAGGUCAAGUUUUUGGUACAACUGCGACACCCAAAUACUAUCGAGUACAAAGGCUGCUACCUGAAAGACAACACUGCCUGGCUAGUGAUGGAGUACUGUCUUGGUUCCACAUCAGAUUUACUAGAGGUUAACAAGAAACCACUCCAAGAAGUUGAAAUUGCUGCCAUUACCCAUGGUGCCUUGCUAGGACUUGCUUACCUACAUUCCCAUAAUAUGAUUCACAGAGACGUGAAAGCUGGUAACAUCCUGCUGACUGAGCUCGGUAAGGUCAAAUUGGCCGACUUUGGCUCCGCCUCCAUCGCCUCACCUGCCAACUCCUUCGUGGGAACACCUUACUGGAUGGCCCCAGAAGUGAUCCUAGCCAUGGACGAGGGUCAAUACGAGGGAAAAGUGGACAUCUGGUCCCUGGGCAUCACCUGUAUUGAACUUGCGGAGCGUAAACCGCCCUUGUUUAACAUGAACGCCAUGAGUGCCUUAUAUCACAUCGCCCAGAACAAUUCUCCCACACUGCAGUCAAAUGAGUGGUGA